UACGUGUUUGCAGUGGCAAGAUUAUUUUCCUCCCUACACACCCGUGACCUACUUCCCUGGGAGUUGACCCCGUGCAGUCGUUCAACGUACGCGGUCCUCUUCAUUCUUACUUUGAUCUCUCGCGGAGACCUCGUUAUCAUUUUACAUCCAGCGUACAUACUUUUAGAAUUUUUAAUUAGCACAUCCAUCGCUCACGUCGCGUAUACUUACUCGUUUAUCGUCUCGUGUUCUACCGUUCUUCAGUCCCUUAAUAACAAUUUAUCACCACCGACCCCGAAGUAAUCCAUUUAUAGCCAAAACGAUUUACGCGUUAUUAUAACGUUAGAUUCCGAUACCGAUCGAUAGUUAUUUUCAUCUAUAUUAAUGCGAAUGCCAGCAGAGGAGUUACGGAGCAAAAGACCUUUUAAGAUAUGGGACAGUUGGCGAAACGUAAGAAAGGGACUGGUCGUUAGCAAUUUUGAAGAACUGUUACACCGCGGAAAAGAAAAAUUGGGCGUUCCCCAAAAUGAGAACGUCUGUUUAGUGCUCGAAUCGGAUGGUACGCAGGUCGAGGACGGGGAGUAUUUCAAGACUUUAGCGAACAACACGAUACUGCUACUCCUGCGACAUGGGGAAAGGUGGUGUCCCACUGGCGUUGACAUCAUUCGGGCUGCGAUUUCGGCUAUACCGAAAAUAGUCUGUGAAACGAUCCACGCUUUGGAGUUGCACGAUGAGACGCCAUCCUGGAAAAUUAUGGACAAUAAAGGACGUGUCACAGUGGUGCUCCACUGGGAUCAGCGGUCAUCGUCGCAGGUUCAGCAGCAGCAGCAGCAGCAACAGCAGGGUGGAAAGUCUCAGGACGGUUCGAGCUCGAAAUAUUCACCAACGAAGAAGAGCGAACUGAUAUCGGGUGGUCAGAGACCGUCGUUAGUGAUACAGACGAGCUUGGACAAGCUGCAGAGUUAUCACGACGGGAUCGGUAUAGGUAACGGAAAAGCUGGAGGUCACGUCGCUGGCGACUUGGGAGGAGGAGGAGGAGGAGGAGGAGGAGGAGGAGGAGGAGGAGGAGGAGGCAGCAUCGGUGUUGGUAUCGGUAGUGGUGGUGGUGGUGGUGGUCCUCGGUACAGCAGCCCUCAAAUAACUGUGAUAAAUCAUGACGAUAUGGUACAGAAGAGUUUUACUAGUCCGAGUCAUAGUUCCUACGGUCCGAUGUUGGCCUCAAGCCUAAUAUCGGCAUCGUCAAGCAGCGGUUCUCAUCCACCGGGUAGCCGUCUCGUGAAGCAGGGUACCAACUCGUUCGACAGUACCACAAUCCAUAUCCACACACCAGAGUGUUCGAAUCACAUCCAUCAACCGGUGGCGAGGAACGGUAGUCCGGUGAACGGUGCCGACGGAGGAAGUGCGGCCGAGUGCGAUUUUCACUGCUGCGCUCUCCACGAGGAGGGACGUCGCAUAGCGGUUCACAAGUCGGUGGCAACGUCGCCGAUCCAGGACGCCCAGCAGCAGACUCCGUCGCCGCAGCCGCCAUCUUCGCUUUCCGACGGAACGCGGCGUUCCGGGGUGAUAAAAGGGCACGUCAGGUUCCGGGACACGGACGAGAGUGACUCGGGACCGGGUCAGCACCGGGGCGGUAGUUUGUCAGGUCAGUUUCACGGCCAUGGAGGUCCCCACGCGCAUCCCCAUCACCAUCACAAUCAUCUGCACCAGGAACACGACAGCUCCGAGUCUGAAACAGAGAAUACGAUAAUGGAGGACGAGAUAGUGACGUCGGAAAAAUUUUUACUUCUCAUCGAUCAGCUCACCGUAGAUCAGAAGCACCAUCUUAGCAUCAAGGAUAUCGGUAUUAUACUAGAAAGGCUAAGCUCGAAGAUACUAGACGUGGAGAGAUUGGACAGAGAGAGCGAGAGCGAGGAAUGUUACAACUGGACUAUUAAGGCCGUUAUUAGGGGCGACGUGCUCAGGGAACUCGGUGUUAUUUACAACGGGAAUUACUACGCCAUCUCGGAACACCCUGGGUACAAGGAGGAGUCCGAGGAGAAUAACGAGGAUAACGAGGAGGAGGAGGAGGAGGAGGAGGAAGAUAGACUUUAAUAUGACGCUGUUUUAAUAGUUAGAUAGAUUAUACCUAUACCUAUUAUUAAUGGUUAUUAUUAACUAUUAUUAACAUAGUAUGUACUAAUACAUAAAACGUGAUUUUUUUCAAAUGUUUUCAUAAUAAAAAAAAAGAAAUAAAAAAAUAACGCAUCAUG